AAUGUUGGUGCGGCGGUGGGACGGAGGGCGGCAGUCGCAGACGGGGCGGCGGCCGGAGCGUGUGUGCGUGUGUGUGGUCCGCGGUCACGUGGCGAAAAAAAGGAACGGGCGACGUGCUCCUGACGGACAGAUUGGGCUGUUUUGGUGGUUGGCUUCAAAGAAUGCAGUCUACGUCACUCAACCGUAGCAACUGAACUGUCAUAUAUUGUUCAGUUCCUGAGAACAUCGAGAGCCACCACUCGAGUCCAUCUGUAGCGACAUACAGCGAGCCCAUCCACAGCCACACACUCACACAACCUCACAGCGCACAAUGAAGCUGUACCAGCAGACGUCCCCAGACUCGGUCCAGGCAUGGACCCAGGAGGACUUCGGCUUCCCGAUCGACAGCAAGGCCGGUCUGGUCUCCAGUCUGGACCAACUGUUUCGGCCCAGCUCCCCGGCACCGUCAUCGUCCUCCGCCAUCUCCUGUGCGGCGGCGUCAUCCAGCUUCGCCGAGCUGAAGCCCGUGCCGCCGCUGAAGGCGCUCACCCAGUGCGACUUUGUAGGCAGUUCAGUCGGAGAGGUAGACUCACAGAGCUACUACCCGGAGCCGGGUCCCGGCACUCCUGAGGUCGUGUCCACGACUUCAGUCAGCAUCGGCGAGCUCUCGGACUCUGUGAUGCUGAAGCCGGCUGAGCCUGUCUCCCUCGAAUCAGACUUCUCCUCCACCGACAUCGCCGCCGACGACGACUUCGCCUCCAUCAUCGGCAACGCCAUGGUGGACCCACAGCUGGUCGUGCCCGAGAACCUCGAACUGGGCAGCUUCACCAGCAGCGACAUGCACGAGCUGGAGGCGUGGAUCGACGGCCAGUCGCAGGCGGCGCGGCACAGCGCGGCCGCCAGCCUGCCGCCUCCGGCGCACACCACUCUCCAGUACGGCGGCAGCCCCAUGCUGCAGAACCUGCUCUCCGGACACAGUUACGCACCGGCGCGGGCGCCGCCGCCUCCCGGCUACGGCGGGAUGCUGCCCGGGGGUCCCAGCGGACCGCUCCACCAGCGGCUGCAGAAGCCGCUCAGCACGUACAGCCCGCCGUCCUACAGCAGCGACCAGGCGACAUCCUCCUCCACCGAGUCGGCCGCCAGCGCCAAGAAGCGGCGCGCGCUCGCCAGGUCCUUCAUCAAGAUGUCGAUCGUCUCUGAGGGCACCAAGGACCGGCCCAUGCACCGCUGCACGAUCUGCAAUCGGCCCUUCCUCAACAAGUCCAACAUCAAGGUCCACCUCCGCACCCACACCGGCGAGAAGCCCUUCAAGUGUGAGACGUGCGGAAAGGCCUUCCGGCAAAAGGCCCACCUUCUCAAGCACUAUCACAUCCACAAGCGCAUCAGCAGGGACUGAUAGAGAGCCAGUGCUGUGCUGUGGGACUGAAGUGCGUUACGAAGGGGGCCAAUCGAACUCGCGAUGGUCGCCCACGUGUGCGGGCUUUCAAGCGCUGCUGGCGCCGCUUCGCUGACGGAACCCCCCACUGCCGAGUCGGUGACACGACCGUGCCUUGAGAUGACCCACCGACCCUCCCCACCCUCGCAGUCGCGGCCGCGGCGGCGGCGGCGGCGCGCGCGUCAGGGCUGACUUCCCAGCGCGGCGCGGCGCGGCCCGGUCGGCCCGGCGGCGCGGCCGGCCGGCCAUGUGGGUCAGCUCCGGCGCCGGGCCGGAUCUAGGCCGAUGAACGCCCCGGUGACAACAGCGCCAGUGCGCAUGCGCGGCAGCUGCGUGAGGAGAGAGUCGGCGAGCUGCCCAGUUGCCCCCAGGCGACUCGGGCUGGUGCCGGCUUUUGACUGUGAGAAGGGAUGUGCUAUAAUAAGACACGUGCCUGUGUCAGGUGCAUUGUUAUGACUGAAUGUUUUUUUUUAUGUAGCUUGACCUUAGACAGUGCGCAUUUCCGGGUUUUGACUUUGAGACAUUUAACUAGGUAUUUAUCAUCAAACUGACGUGAUGGCUGACGUGAGACAGUUGCGACAUUAGAUCAGAAAGUUCAACGGACUCGCUUGAUUUGGUCUAGCACAUUUCCAUUCACAUUUUACGCCUUUUGUGCAAAACUAUCACGGUAGUAUAUGAUCUGUAUCAGUUAAAUCAGUGCAAUGCGGAUUUCGUGACCUAGUAAUGUUCGACGUGAGCAUUCAAAACAUUGCGGCUAAGUGAUUCCCAAUACCCUUUCAAGCAUUGACAUGUUGUUAACACCAAUCUCGCGUGAUACUUUUGACGGUGAUACACCUGACUCGACGACUCCCUCCCCUCCCCUCCGAUCACAUCCUGUUCCACAUCCAGCCUCCGACUGCAGCCUACACGGCCGCAGAGCCACCCCUCUCGGCCGGCAGGACUUCCUUCUGCAGAGGCCGCCGGACCGGACCAAACGAACCGGGCCGGACCGGACCGGCCGGCCAGACCACUCAUGACCACGGCUCGCUCGGCGGGCUCCGAGCCGCUGGAAAGUCGCUGCCCCAGAUAGGCGUGUAACACUUCUGGAGGCUCGGCGCCGCUCCGCUGCCGGCGCCGCUCCGCUGCGCGGCUGGUCGGCUGGUUGGCUGGUCGGCUGGUUGGCUAGCUGGUCGGUUGGCUGGCUGCCUGGCUGGCUGACCGGCUAGCUGGUCGGUCGGCCGGUCGGCCGGCCGGCUGGUCUGCGGGCUGGCCGACCGGCUGUCUGCCCGGCUUCUAGGCCGCCCUGCCGACCGAUGUUUUAAUCUCUCACCCGGCCAAGAAGGACGGACGGCCGGGAUCGGUGUCACCCACCGACAUCCGGCUGUCCCCCUUCGGCACUCCGGUGUGCGGCUGUGGUUUUACGGCCAGGGGCAGGGUCACAGAAGGGGUGUGUAACCGCGGCGCCGCUGCGGCAGGCGGGUGGUAAUCGGGGUCAUGUGGAGGCCGGACGCCCGAGAACCAGGCCGGGUUCCGUGAGACGCACCCGAGCGCCGCCGGCGAGCUGUACCCGACUGACUGUAACAGGGACGAUACGGAACAAACGCGACAGAGUAGAACCACUGGACGUAGCGCCAUCGCCGGGACGACACGGGACUGACUGAGGGACGGACGUGCGCGCAGCGCCGCGGACUGACGGACAGGAGAGCCACUGUGAUAGUGUCAUGACACGUUGGUCCACCGUUCGGCCACCCAAGUCUGAUGACAGCCUUAGAAUCGUCCCUCCUGAUACUGGUACAAACGCGAUAGCACGGGUGCGCGCGCGGACAGAGUCGGCCGCUCUCCCCGGUGCCUGGCAAUGUGCCGCUGUCGGUCCAUAUCCUCGCCUAUUUAUUCUGUUGUUUUCGGCUGUCGUACGGCGCCGCAGGGGUUCGCGCGGCGUGUCGAUGCGCGCGAGACCGCGCGAUGGGAGCGAGCUGCAGCGCUCGGCCCUUGGAUCGCCGAUCUCUGGUUGUUGUUGUUGAGUUUUAUUGUUGUGACUGUGGGUGUUGCGUUGGUGCCUGUUGUUGCGGGUGGAACUGGUGCGGUUUCCGAUGGUGGUGCGUUAUAGUGUCUGCAGCGCGGGUCACUAGUUUCUGCGCGGCUGGAGCGAUAGAGUGCGUCUGGCCCCGAGCGGGCUGCUUGUCACCUCGAAUUAGUCAUUAUGUGUUCAUAAUACAUGCGGAAACUGAGUAGAGCACCUGUCCAGUGCUGUUGACUAGACCAGUUACCACUAAGCUUUGUUCUUCUAGCGUGCUGUCUUCCUUUCUGUUUCGUCGCCUCUUCCAUUUUAAGCUAUGAGGUUAUGGUGAGACACGGAUGAGCAAAUAAAUGAACCGUUUUUGGUGAAAA